CCGCGCUCUCGGCGUCCGAGUCGACGCGCUGGGUGUCGCUGUGGACGCGACACUCCGCGUUGCGCCAGCAGCGACGUACCGCACUAGGUCGGUCCACGACAAGGUGCGCGCGAUUGGUUUUUAUCGGCAUUUGCACGGGUCGGCCCACGUGCCCAUGAAGUACCCAGACCCGAUCGCUUCGCCGUGGCCGACGCGGCUCCGCGGUGUCCGACUCGUCGUUUUUGUGCAAAGCCUUCGCUAUCAGCCGCGGCCAUUCGACCCGAUGCUCGAGGCGCAGCUCAAGCUCAUUGGCUUCUCGUGGCCGAGAUCAGUGGCCAUGUCGCGCUGCGUCAAGCGUACGACGCGCGGUGCGCUUGUUGUCGAGACGGUCCCGAUUGCUACGCAGGUCGCAGCGCUUCGCGAGUACCAACGUCUGGUCGGCGACGUGCUUGCGAUGUCUGAGGACUUUGCCGUGCCUCUGAACAACUACGCUUGGCCAACUGGCAGCAGCGGCAUUGUGCUCUCGUAUGUGCUUCCGUCGCUGCGGUAUCACUGGUUUGAGCUCAGAGGGCAAGACGAGACAACCGUCCGAGCUUUGGGUCUCUUCACUGACGUUCCGCCCUUUGACAUCUUUGUCCAGCUGGCCUUUCGUCUCUCCUGCGAUGGCAAGACGACCGUACCGCUGGACUUUGUGGUGCCGAUCGAGUGGUCGACGCCGUGGAGUGGCGCACCGCUGGGCGAGCUCGCGUGGUCGCUUGGCGUGCGAAUGACGCAACUUGAGAAGAACAAGUCGCAGCAGCUAGCGGCGAUCGGCUUCGAGUUUAACACGCCUGCGACGUGGGCGCACAUCGUGGACAGGCUACACAUGUACCACUCGCUCUAUGGCUCGAUGGACGUACCAGAGGACUUCCUUGUACCUCAAACUGCCAGUUGGCCGGAAGACAUGCACGGUAUGCGCCUCGGCCAUUGGGUCAAGUUGCUCGUCUCGGCAAGAGAGCUCUACUUGCUGCCGGCCGCGACCACCACCGCAAUCGAUGCCAUCGGAACCGAUGCUCCAAUGCCAGAAGCUGUGUCAAUAUCGGUGGGCGUGAACGCGGCGACGCCCGCCAUCUCUGCGGCCGCAACGAGUGAUACCAUCGGAGCCGACGCUCCGCCGCCAGAAGCUGCAACAUUGUCAAGCGACGAGAACUCGGCGGCGCCAGCCAUCCUUGCCUCGGCAACCACCACCACGGUCGUCCAACUAGCCGCCAACGAAGUCGUCGAUGCGCCGUUGCCAGUAGUCGUCGCUGCGCCGUUGCCAGUAGUCGUGUCACCGUUGCCAGCAGAUGACCCUCUGCCAAGCGUCGCUCUCGAGCAGCCGGCAGUACAAGCAGCUCCCACGCUCGACGUUGACGCCGACACGAACGAGCGCUGCGACCACCUCGUUGCGCUGGAUCUGUGGCUCCACGCGACGCCACGCCCGAGCGAUUCGACGCUUCUCGGCUUUGUAUCGCCAGCGUGUCCAGUUGCACUGCAACCAUUGUCGGUGGGCGCAUUUUUGCUCGAGCUCGAGGUCGGACAAGCGUUUACGCAUCUGCAGUCGGCCCUCGACGAUCGGCAAUUCGACCGCCAAGCUCGGUGGGCGAUCAAGUUCCAGGCGCUCGCUAUGUUCAAGGCGCUCAACGGGCAUUUGGACGUACCUCGUGCGUUCACAGUCGAUGCCAAUGCCACCUGGCCAGCGCCAACACACGGUCUACAUGUCGGUGACAUUGUGUUUGGGUUGCGCCGCCUCACAACAGCCGAGGUCUUGCCGGUGAUUGUUGCUCAGCUUGAUGCACUUGGCUUUGAGUGGGUCGCUUUGCCCGUGGCCGUCGCGACCGACGCUGCAUUACUAUUCGCGCCGGAGCCGCCAGCGUCCAUCGUGGAAGCAUUGCCAGUGGCUCCCGUGCAAAACGCGACUGCCUCGGCUCGGGGCGCCUCGUCCAGUACUCCCGCCGACGUGAAAGGUGGCUUUGAUCGUGACGACGACAAGCAGAUCGACAAGACGGCCAUCAAACGCAGCAAGCCGAGCAAACGCAAGAGCUACGAAAUCAUCGAUGUCUGCAGCACCGAUGACGACGACGACAACGACGGAGACGACGACGCCGGAAUCGACUACGGCGUCAAAGAAGAAGACAUCAUCGGUGCGAUGCCGGCGCAGGCGAUCCGCACCAACGUCCGCCGCCGCCGCCAAAACAAUACGGAGACGGCGUCCGUUCGGCGCCGACUCGCAAAUGGGUGGGUCCCACCUCGUGACCACCAUGUCUUUAUGCCGACACAGCCCAUCGACGACGAGUUUCCGUGGCGCAGCUGUCUCGGCGAACUCCGCCGGUUCUUUAUCAAGCACGAGCACUCGAACGUCCCGUUCACGUACGUAUCGGAAGAGAACAACGUGCCGCUGGGACGCCUCGUGCACCAGCUGCGGCAAAGUCAAAUUUACUUGACAGAGUCCCAUCUGGACGAACUGCGGGCAUUGAAGUUCAUGUGGCAGCUUUUCGAUUAACGUAUUUUACUAGGGUUAACCUCGUGUUUUCUUG